UUCAGUUAAACGCCAACACCCGUCACUUCAUUACCCCGCCCCUAUCUCCUUCUCUGUCGUUAACUCGUCAACUCUAUUACUCCUCUCAUGCGGUUGUCAUCAUCAACACAACAAAUCUCGCCGGAUUUUUAAGGUUCUUCGAAUUGAAAGUCUAAUUUGGUGUUGUAAAGGAACUACACAAUGCUCGGUGAUGGAGAAGAAGAUACGCCAUCCAGGCAUGAAUUGUUGAGUAUGGUAAAGAAGCAUUCAAAUAUGUUGGUGAAAAUAGAUGAUGAUGAAAAGGAUCCUUCUGAUGUCGAAAUGGACUUGAACUUCUGGAAAGGCAUCCUGGAUGUGUAUUUCAUUCGUGGUAGGGAAUCAAGGGGCCGUCAAGAGGAUGAUCUCAUAUUCUUCGUGAGGAAAAUGAAUCUGCAUGGAUAUGGAUUUAAUGACCAUAUGGAAGGAGAACCUCCCUAUUUUGUGCGUAGGUGGGCAUCUAAGAUGGAAACAGUUGUUGGUCCAAAUUCUGCAGAUGUGGACUGGAGGCGAUCCUUUUAUUUGAACUUAAUAGCUCAUACUUCCUACACCGUAACAGUUGCUAUUUGCAGUAUUCAAGAUCUCCGGGGUCAUCAAAAUGAUGCUGAAACAAAAUUAUCUCCUAUAUAUAAGGUUGUGAAAACUGUCUAUGCAUCUGCAAGUCGAGUCAAUAUUCAUUUGGACUCAAAGAAGGAAGUGGAAACUAGUUCUGCAUAUCCAGAUAUUUGUUUUGCUAUUGAUGAUUUCGAUUCCACCUUCGGUGCAGUGGUAUUGACAGAAAUGGAUCAUUGCUACUGCGUACUUCUCAAUGCACAUGACGGGGCAGCAUUUCCCGCUGACAAGGCAGUGGAUAGUGGCACCGGUAGUGACAAAUCUCCCUUGAGUAGUGACAUUGGUUCAGGGAGAGGCGUUAUUCCAAAGCGUACUCUGUUCUCAGGAUUUGUCAGCUAUCACAUGGUUAGAGAAGCAUAUUAUGCUGGAAAAUCUGGAUUUGGUAGCCUUCUGUCGAUUGGUCAAUCUCCUGGUAAAACAGACAGAAUUUACAUGAGAGGUCCCGGAGGGCGAGGGGAAGUUGAAGUUGCAGUUUCCGACAUUGCAGAUCAAACCCACCAGGUUAACGACCCCUCUUCACCACUUCGGAUGUCGAAAGGAAGUUUCGGCGACAAUGUCGGUACACUAUUUCGUAAAGCAGCUUCAGCAGCAUCUAUUGCUGCAAAACAAGCCUAUGCCGCUGCCACUUCCUCCAGUAGGUUUGAUGAUGAGCAUCUUCCCCUCAAAUGCAACUUAAUGUCCAUAUCCUUACCUUGGGAGUAUCUUGCUCAUGAUCUUCUGUUCAAGGAAGCCCCUCCGGUUGCUAUGUGAUGGUCACAUAGCAAAUACACUCGUAUGAAUUCAUGGGAGCUUCUGCCUUUGACUAACAACACUGCUUCAGAGACUGACAACUUGUAUAUAUCAUCAUAUAGUCUGUCUAGAUCUUAGCUUUAAUCUUUCUACAGUUAUAGGUUGCUGUUGUUGUAAAACUUAAGUUUAUUGUUAGCAUCCAGCAUAGUUGUGUAAGUUAUCUGAAUAUCCUCGUGAAUCGGCCUCACCGACUUUAGUUUAAAGCAAGUCAAUAUGGUCAUUUGAACCACUUUUAAAGUCGUUAUCCACCAGAGGAUCAAUAAUUUGGGCACUUUUUUCUUUGAAUGAUGAAUAAUAGUUCCGGGUAUUGAUAAA